UAUCAUCUCCACCCAACAUCUCCUUGAGAUGGGAAAAUCUUAAAAAGCUAAAAGAAAAAGGAAAAAAAAAACACUUCACAAGUUUCCAGUGUACAUCGAACCCAUCCGAGGAAAGACAAUAGCCAAAUUCCCCGAGGUCUCUCUCUCUAGAUGCCGUAAAUGGUGGCGAAGAUGAUGAAGUGGCGUCCAUGGCCGCCGUUAAUUUCCAAAAGAAUUGAUGUGAGGCUUGUCAUUAGGAGACUCGAGAAUCUCGGCGUUGGAGAACAGUGGUUGGGUGAAGUUGCCACAUUGUCUGGCUGCGCUUCCGUUGAGAUCGGAUGGAAGGGCCCACCCAAGGCGGCUUUGAGGUCCUUCAGAAGAACAGUGAAGAGGAACUGCACCAAAGAAGAAGGGGUCAAGAAUGGACAAGAUGGCGCCGUUCUUGUGGAGUGGGAAGACGAGUUUCAAAACGUGUGUAACCUGUCUGGGUACAGGGAUAACGCGUUUCAUCCCUGGGAGAUCAGCUUCACUGUGUUUUUCAAUGAGUCAAACCAAGGUUCGAAGAAUAAGCUUCAUACUGUUGGAACAGCAGUCUUAAACCUUGCUGAAUUUGCUGCCAAGACAGAGGAGGGGAAAGAGUUCAACUUGAAGAUCCCACUAGCAAUUUCUGGGAAUGCAUCAGAGUCUCGUCCUAUUCUUUGUAUAUCUCUAUGUUUAUUGGAACUGAUAGCUCCACAAGAGCCUACUGAAUUGGUGGAGAAGCCCAUAACAUCACCUCCUCAGCCACCUGGAGAGAUACCAUCAUCAUCAGUAGAGAAGGAUGAGCUUUCUGCCCUUAAAGCCGGUCUUAGAAAAGUAAAGAUCCUCACAGAUUAUGUGUCUGUGAGGAGAGCAAAAAAACCAUGUCGGGAGGAAGAUAUCAGUGACUGCAGAUCUGAUUACGCAUACCCUUCUAUUGACUCUGAGUCACUUGAUGGGUUCGAGGAAGGGGAAGAAUCAGAUGAAAGAAAGGGACAAGAAGAUUCUCCUGUUAGGAAUUCGUUUAGUUAUGGCACAUUGCCAUAUGCCAAUUAUGCAGUAUCAUCAACACGGAUUGACGGUGAGGAUGAGGGUUGGGUUUACUACAGCAAUAGCAGAUCAGACAUUGGGUGGUCGGCGAAUGUGGACCGUUGGAUCUCACAAGCCUCCGAGCCAGUGGUUUUGCAACAACGUGGCAUUAGUAUUCUUCCUUGGAGGAAGAGAAAGGAGAGGUUCAAAUCUCCUAAGGGGGAGCCGUUGUUGAGGAAGGAAUGUUGGGAAGAAGGAGGGGAUGACAUUGACUAUGACCGUCGCCAGCUCAGUUCUGAUGAAUCUGUUUCCUUUGGGUGGCACAGAACAGAGGAAGAAGAAAUUGGUGGACCCCGACCUUCAAUAUCAGGAUUCUGCGAUGACAAUUUUGCCGUUGGAACUUGGGAACAAAAACAAGUAAUGAGUCGGGACGGGCACGCGAUGCUUCAAUCCCAAAUCUUCUUUGCUUCCAUUGACCAAAGAAGCGAGCAGGCUUCCGGGGAAAGUGCAUGCACAUCUCUUGUCACCGUUAUUGCUGAUUGGUUGCACAAAAACCGUGACCUCAUGCCGGUAAAGUCACAGUUUGACAGUUUGAUCAAAGAGGGCUCUUCUGAAUGGAGAACUCUCUGUCAGGACGAAGAAACCUAUCUGGAAAGUUUCCCGGAUAAGCACUUUGACCUUGACACUGUCCUGCGAGCCACCAAAACCCGUUCCUUUUCUGUCAUUCCUGCAAAAUCAUUUGUCGGGUUUUUCCACCCAGAUAUGGUGGACGACAAGGGUAGUUUCGACUUUUUGCAGGGUGCACUGUCUUUCGACAACAUCUGGGAUGAGAUUAGUUGCGACAAUAAAACGUUGGAAACCCAAGUUUAUAUUGUUAGUUGGAAUGACCACUUUUUCGUCUUAAAAGCUGAACCCGAAGCUUAUUUCAUAAUUGAUACCUUGGGGGAGCGGCUUUGGGAAGGUUGCAACCAGGCUUACAUACUAAAGUUCGACAAGAACUCAGUUAUCUACAAAAUGCCAAGUGUCAUGUUAGAUGGAGUUUUCGGUCAGGAGGAGCCGCGGAUGGAGAUUGAUCCAAAAGUGAUUAUUUGUGAAGGGAAAGAGACAUGUAAACACUAUAUAAAGGACUUUCUGGCUGCAAUUCCAAUUAGAGAGCUGCAGGAAGACAUCAAUAGAGGUCUAAUGAUACCAGUGCCACUGCAUCACCGGCUUCAGAUUGAAUUUCACUAUACUACACAUUCCCAACAACCAUCUGCCUUUCCUGCCGUGGUGGAAGUGGCAACCACUGCAACCACAGCGGUAGUGCAAGCGGCUACCACCACAGUGCCGGCAGUGGUGGAAGCUGCAACUCCUGCUGUUGCAUCACAGCUGGUUGACGUUGCAUUAAAUCAAGUUGCUACAUGAACUUCUGAAUAUAAUUUUUCAAAGUUUUAAGGGCCAAGUUGGGCCCGACUCAAGAAGAAAGAGAGGAAACUGGGGCCCUAUCAAGUUUUCCUUUUUUGAGUUUUUUAGGUUUCAUGAGAGGCGACACAUCAGGUGUGUUGAUAAAGGUUCGUAUGCUGGCCCUUUAGGUCAUCAGUUUGUGUCUGUAGGCAUUCACAGCCCGAUCUGUAUUUUUUUGGUUGAAGGCACAAGUGUAUAUCAGUUCUAACCUCUUCUAUUGGAAUUAUUAUUAAUAAACCUAACAACUGACUUUAAAUCUUUAAUACAUUCGCCUACCGAUCUCUUUAAAUAUUCA